CUUAAUAAUAAUAAUAAUAAUAAUAAAGUAACCUAUAAAUAUAAGCACUCAUAAAUCAUAAUUCUAUACACUGUAGAUCUUAACCUCUCUAAGCCUCAAGACUGGAGUGUUUCCAAUUUGGGCCUUUUUAGCUGUGUGAAAUAAUUUGGCAGCUCCUCCAAAGCCCGGAUUCUUGAGUCUUUUUCAGCGCAUUUCAAGGAAAAUUACUUGGAAGAGAAAGGGAGAGAGAGGGGGGAAAUUCAGUUUAUUCUCCAUCUUUCUUCUUGUCUGAAAUUCUUUUUUCAGGAGCAGAGAGAAUAAUAUCAUGGAGUCUCAGGUUUUGGUCGCUCUUUGUCUAUCAAUGUUGGGUGGUCUAAGUACCUCUUUAGGUGCUCUGUUCGUGAUCAUAUGUGAGACCCCCAACUUGAAGAUGCUUGGCCUAUUGCAGGGUUUUGCUGCAGGUCUUAUGCUGAGCAUAUCAUUCUUUGACUUGGCCCAUAAUGCAUUGAACUCCAUUGGAUUCUUAAGGGGAAAUCUUUGGUUCUUUGCAGGUGUUGCUUUCUUUGCUCUCAUUUCAAGCUUCAUCCCAGAACCUAGUCUUUCUCCCAGUUCAGAAGUUCAGAACAAAAAGCAGAAAGGUGGGGAUGAUGGUGGAAAAGAUAUCAUGAAAAAACACCGCCGUCAAGUCCUCUUCAGUGGAAUCGUUACAGCAAUAGGCAUAAGCUUGCACAACUUUCCGGAGGGAAUGGCUGUAUUCCUUGGAUCAAUGAAGGGUCUUCGAGUUGGCAUGAAUUUGGCUUUUGCUAUUGCACUGCACAACAUUCCAGAGGGUGUUGCAGUUGCACUUCCAGUUUAUUUUGCAACUCAGAGUAAAUGGAAAGCAUUCAAGAUUGCAACACUUUCUGGCUUGGCUGAGCCCCUGGGUGUUAUAAUUGUAGCCUACAUAUUUCCAAGAAGCUUAAGUCCUGAAGUUUUGGAGGGCCUCCUUGGAUCAGUUGGUGGGGUAAUGGCUUUCCUAACCCUGCACGAAAUGCUGCCGCUAGCAUUUGACUAUGCAGGCCAAAAGAAUGCAGUCAAGGCCGUGUUCUUUGGUAUGGCUUUCAUGUCCGCUAGCCUAUAUUUCCUUCAGACCAGCUUGCCGGAGGACGUAAGCUUGUGAGACAAAUAUUCUGAUUAGAUUGCAACUUGAAAUAUCAAUCACCCUCGAGAUUUGUUAUUAAGUGGAAGCAAACAGAGUGAGCUGUUGAAUGAAAAGAAACCGGAUAAAUUAUGUUAUUGUAAAAUGAGGGAUAUAUAUGGCAAAAUGCUUUGUGUCUUGCUAUACAUAUUUAUAGAAACACACAUGCAUACACUCAUCACACAGUUGUGUAAAAUUAUGACAAUUGAUCCUCCUUGACAUGUAAAUUAAACAACACUAACAAGAUUACAAGGCACCUAAGUUUCA